AUGACCGUCACCUACACUCUGGAAUGCGCCACCUCUGGUCUGGCCACGUUCCUGAAGCUUUUGUUCCGGUGGCGGGGCAGCAUCUACAAGUUGAUGUACAAGGAGCUACUGAUCUACGUCGGACUGUACUACGUGCUCAGCUUCACGUACCGCUUCGCCCUCGACUCUACCCAACGCGGAGAAUUCGAGAUGCUGUCGCUGUUCUGCGAGCGGUCGCUGCCCAUGAUUCCCCUGACGUUCAUCCUCGGUUUCUACGUGACGAUGGUCGUCGGCCGCUGGUGGGACGUGUUCAUGAACAUUCCUUGGCCGGACAGGUAA